AUCUCCCUGCCCCUGAGGCAGUAAGUAUUAUCACUCACAUCUUAGAGAUACAGGCAUAGAAAUGGGGAAAUGACUUGCCCAAACAUCUGCCUUAUUUCACUGAACUUGCUAAGGAGUUUGGACAAGUCUCCUUAAUUUUAUCUCCACAUACCUACCAAGUUAUUCUGUGUAAAGGGCUGGGGCCUAUUCCAAAGCCCAGUGACCUACAUGGAAAAACUUCCAUUAACCUCAGCAGUUCGAGCCUUGUCUUUGGAAGAAUUCCACAGUUUACAGAGAUUUUAAGCAGUGUAAGCUCUACCUUUCUUCCACUGAUACUUUUAGUUUUCAGCCACCUCAAUGAAAGCUCCAACUACCCUCCAAACACAUGCAGUUUCAGCUCAGUGUAAACCAGUACCAGAAUAAUAACUAUGCAGACUUUGCCUGUGCUUAGGGUACAGGCAGAGACCAUUGACUGGGUGUCUUUAUACUUAGUCAGAAGUGGAUGUAUUAUCACUUGCAAAAUUAGUACAAAAUGAUGUCUGUUUGUGCCAUUUGAGGUGAACCCUUGAAAACGAGGGCAAUCUUGAAAUCAACAAGGAGGCAGUGGAGGGAUACAAAAUGGCAGUCAUUGCUUAUAUGAGAAGGCCUAGCAUUAUUCUGUACAAAGCCAGCUUUGGGGUGGUGACAUGUAAAGAGGAAAACAGUGGUAAAGAAGAGGUGAAAGGUUGGCUUGAGGCUUGUGACAGAGGUGGAGCAAUGGAAGGGGCCAUGUAUUGGUGGUGCAAUUAUACAUGCAUCUUGUGAGAAGAGGGAGCCAGAGUUCUGGGUCCAGCGCAGUAGGGAUUCCCAGAAUCCCUACUGAAAUCCCUAGUCUGAAAUCAGACAGAAGUCAUGGGCUGCAAUCAAUCUACACAAGAAGCUUAAUGAGGAUUCCCAGAAUCAGAUGGGGGAAAUGGAGAGCUGUGGCAUCUUACAAGGAAAGAAAACUUGGGGGUUGGGAUCCCUAAAGGUGUUGUCAACUUUUAAAAUUAGAUUGUAUGUUUUGGGACAUUUGUUUUGUUUUCUGAAAGGCUCAAUUCCUAGAAUCACAAGAUGAAAGGAUUCUUGGUGUUCAACUGCAAAAUAACAAUAAUACUUCCUAGCCCUUAUGGAGAUGUGUGUCCUGUUUGAGGCACUGCUCUUGAGAAGGAUUUAGGCAAGGUGGAGACAGUCCAGAGGAGAGCAAAAAGCAAGGUGAAGUUCAGAAAUUGGAAUGUGUGGGGGGUGGGGAGGAAGACCACAAAAGAGAGGAAAAACCUAACUUAAUUUGCACCUAAGAUGAUUUUAGGUUAAACCGUUUGGGAAGAGUUUUCUCCUGUGGUUGGUGCAACACUGAGAGAUCUCUUGGCCAGCUGUGCAGGCUUUUUAAGGACAAAAGAGGUAAAUACCUGUCAGAGGGGCCCAGAGGGGUUUGAUUCCGUCUCAACGCGGGAGGCAGAACCAGGUUCCUUCCUCCCUGAAGUCUUGUGCUUUUGAUUCCCUGUUUGUAGAGAAGCCCUGCAGCCGCCCCUCCCUGCAUCCCACAGGGCAUGGGGGCAGACUAGGGUAACUGGUGGCUCCUGGAGGCCGCGAGUCACUGGCCGGGCGCAGGGGAAGGUAGCUCCAGGGCCAAGACCGGGCGCUGACCCGUAGCGGCCAUAACGCAGGCCGCAUGCAAAUUAGGUCUCUGGGAGCCAAUCGGAAAGAAGGCCCUCGACGGGCGGCAGCAGCAGGCCGCCAUAUUGCUGUACGGAUCGACCCGUGGCGCGGGCCGCCAUGACGCCGGACGCUACUGGCCCUACUGCAAGGGGGCUACCAUCUUGCGGAGGGCCAGAGGGGGAGCGGGAGCUGGGGCUCACGGGGCGCUGGCCGCUGCUAUGGCCCGCCGGCUGGGCACGGAGCAGGGCAUCCGCCUUAGCGCGAUGAGCCCGCGCUACCUGCAGAGCAACAGCACCAGCCACACGCGGCCCUUCAGCGCCGUGGCCGAGCUGCUCGACAAUGCCUCCGACCCUGGUGUAACAGCCAAGCUUCUCUGCAUUGAUGUUUUGGAAAUUAAGGGAGAGGCUUGUUUAGCCUUUACAGAUAACGGUGCUGGAAUGACACCUCACAAACUUCACCAUAUGCUCAGCUUUGGCUUCACGGACAAGGCAGCGAAGAAGAACCACCCAUCCAUAGGGGUGUAUGGCAAUGGCUUCAAGUCAGGCUCUAUGCGGCUGGGAAAAGAUGCCAUUGUCUUUACUAAGAAUGGAGGUGCGCUCAGCGUGGGGCUCCUUUCACAGACCUAUCUGGAAUGUGUCCACGCUCAGGCUGUUAUUGUCCCAUUGGUACCAUUCAGCCAGCAAAACAAGAAAAUGAUUGUAACAGAAGACUCUGUGCCAAGCCUUGAGGCCAUCUUGAAAUAUACUCUCUUCAACACGGAGGAGGAGCUGCUGUCACAGUUUGAUGCCAUUCCAGGCAAGAAGGGCACACGUAUCCUCAUCUGGAACAUCCGCAGAAAUAAAGAUGGAAAGCCAGAGCUAGACUUUGAUACAGACAGGUUUGACAUUCGGAUAUCAGACUUCAACACAGAGGAAGCAGAGAAUCCUGGGAGGAAGCUACUACCUCCACACCUCGAGAAGAUUCAGGAGUCCUCUGCGCCAGAAACAGAGUACUCCUUACGGGCAUACUGCAGCAUCUUGUACCUGAAGCCCCGCAUGCAGAUUGUUCUGCGACAGAAGAAGGUGAAGACUCAGCUGAUGGCCAAGAGCUUGGCCCAUAUUGAAUAUAAUGUAUACAAACCCACCUUCGUAAAUAAAAGAGUGAAGAUUACCUUUGGGUUCAACUGCAAAAAUAAAAGCCACUGUGGGAUCAUGAUGUACCACAACAACCGACUUAUCAAGUCCUACGAGAAGGUUGGCUGCCAGAUGAAGGGAGAUGGUGUGGGAGUAAUCGGGGUGAUUGAGUGCAACUUUCUUAAACCAGCACACAACAAACAGGACUUUGAAGAAAACAAGGAAUACCGACGGACAGUUACUGCCCUGGGACAGAAACUCAAUCUUUACUGGAAAGCAAAGAUGGCCCGGAUGAACUUGGGAACUUCAAAUGCAUCCAGCAUGAUAGCAGAGAGACCAGAUCAGACAUGGGUGCAGUGUGAGGAGUGCUUGAAAUGGAGGAAGCUGCCUGACAAAAUAGAUCUAUCGUCGUUACCGGAGAAGUGGUUUUGUUACCUCCAUCCACACCCCAAGUACAAAAGCUGCUCAGCACCUGAGGAACAGGAGCUCAGCGAUGAGGAGGUGAAUUCCAGCUAUGACAGAAAGUUCGGGAAACAAGAUCAGCCCUCAGACAGGAAGCAGAGAAAAUCAUCAUCUUUAGAAAACCUGGAGCACCAGGUGUCAUCCCCUGCUUCAGAGCCCUCUCCUGCUGAGAAUGACUGUAUCAUAAGUUCUGUGAAACAGGAGCCUGAGGAAGAGGCCUCUGAUGGGAUUGCUGGCUCUAACACUCCUCCACCUGCUCUGGAAAAGUUCAGUGCUGCCCAUUGGACCACUGGGCCACUAAAGCGAAACAUGUUGCAAACUGGAGGCAAGCACAAGCUGUCUGUGGAAGAAGAGCUGCUGGAAAAGCGGAGACGAUACCAGGAACAGGUGGAAUCUUUCCCCCCAGAUCUUACUAGUACCAGUCCCCCCAUUUCUUCUCUUCAAAAGGUUUCCACUAAAGCAAAACAAGAUGACUGCUACAAGUCCAACAUCAAGGAGGAUGUGAGUGUGACUGAGAAUAUGUGCCCGUGCCUUUCCAGAGACCAGCAGGAUGUAUCCAGUGGCACCAGCCACCCUGGGAAUCUCUGCUCCAAAGACAAAUCUCCAGCACCUGACAGUCCUGUGGCAGGUGUUGAGGAGGAAAUGGCUGUUGUCCAGGGGGACCUGGAAGAGCAAAUGCCAAACUUAGUAGCAGAAAGCCAGGUAGCAGGUGGAAGUGUCUGUGUCAAUAUGUAUGGUAGCAUGGAGGAAAUGGGCAAGAGGCCCUUUGUGGCUGUUGUGGGCAUUUCAAAGACUGCUGCAGAAAGUGGGGCUCCCAUUCAGCUGAUCCCUUUGGGGAGGGAAGAGAGACUUGACAGACCAAAGGUUGAGGAAAAAGUUUUGAGCUCCAAUGAUCCUCCCCUUGAAGGGGACAGAGACAGAGGAGACUUGCAGGAAUUGACGACUGUGGAUCAGAAAGACACAGUGAAGCAGCAAGAACUGAGAAGAGCUGCAGAGAAUGUCUCAGUGGUACUAAAGAGUGUCUUGGCUGAACGGGAUUUGCUCCAGUGCAAGGUGGAGAAACUAGAGCAGGAGAAGUGCAACCUGAGGGCAGACUUACUAAAAAGCCAACAAGAAUUAGCAUCCCUCAGAGCCCAGGAUACUGAAGGCUUAUACUGGAGCAAGAAACACAUGGGUUAUCGUCAGGCUGAGCUCCAGGAGCUGAAAGCAAAGCUGGAGAGGACCACAGAGGAGAAGACUGAGCUAAAGGAGAGACUCAGGGAGACGGAGAUGCACCUGGAAGUGCUAAAGGAGGCGCAUGUUUCCUGCAGGAGUCCAGAAAGGGGAGACUCAAAAAGGUCAGAAAUCACUAUGGAGAAGCUUAAGAACUUGCGUCUGAAGGUCACUCGGCUCCUCUCACUAGUACUCCCUCACCUGGAACUGCAGGAUAUUAACUUUGAGUCAGAUCAAGUGGAUGAGAUCUUGCAGACUGUGCUGGAGACGAACCACAUGUCAGAGUAGCCCAUCCUACACACUGCCAUUGUGCCUUUUUGUACAGCAGCUUUAAUAAACCCAGAAUUUCUGUUCCCA